CUUCGGCUGGAAAAGUACCAGUUUCAUGGGUAGCCCUGCUCAUCUCAGGCUGAGGAGAAGCUCUGGAUGGUCGUUUUUGUCUUCUUUGAUCGAUAAGAAGCUUAAAAAUUCAUUAUUCCCUUGUAUGUCAGGUGUGGCCUGCAAAAUGUUUCAAGGCAUGGAUCCCCCUGCGGAAUUAUAUCAGCAAGUGGAAGUUACUCUUACUGUUAUGUUUUAAGUUACUGUUAAGUUUGUUGGUUUAACUGACCCCGGUGGUCUUUCUUCAUAAAUGGAAGGGAAGUUCACAUGGCAGGAGGCAUCCAGUUUCUUAUCUGCUCAACCAACGUGACUUGGACAUCCCCGCCGUCCCUUCUCUACACACACCUCUAAGCCAGAAAUAAAAAUCUGCACAGCCUGAAAGCUGAAUCCAGCCCACAGCUGCUUGAGUUUUGGUUCACACUAUGCUUUUUGAAAAAGAGUUGGUUGCUAAUGUUUAAGAAUCAAGGGAUUUCACAUAAAGGACUUCAGACUUCUCUUGAAAACAUGGACAGGUCUGGCAUGACCAGCCCACUUUCCAGCAUGGCAACUGCUGGUCAGUGCUGAGUAGAGGCUGCUCCCCUUUGGUGGGACAUAUGCUGCCCCCUGCCCGUGAUGCUGGUCCACAUCUUCCAUUCAUUUCUCUCGCCUCCUGGGUCUUGAAUUUGUAAGCCCUUGCCCUAGACUUCCUUCAGGCAAGGACCCCUCGUAUCUUAACUGACUUUGACUUUCCAACAUCUAGCCCAGACCCCAACCUCAGUGGGUCCUCAACAAAUGUUGGUUGACUAAAAUAUCUUUUGGGCGCAUGCAUCACGUUUCUUUCAAUGUGAAAAUCCUGCGAUUGCAAAGCUGCUCUAGUCUAGAUCUUUGGAGCCGUUUCAGCAUAAGUGCCCCGAUCUGUACCAUCCAACUCCCUACAGCUACUCGUGUCAGUGGGCUGCGGGGAGCCCUCAAUGUCUUCACUCUGCCAUUUGACCUCUCUUCUUCCUAGCAAUCUCCUCUCUAAGGGGGGGUAGCAACGCACACCUUGUGGGGCUGCUGGAAAGACCUCACAAGAUCCCAAAAGACAAGCAUGGCACCUGGCACUUAUUAUUAUCACAUUCUUAGCAGUGCUAAGAUAGCAAGAGUCUACCAUUUUUUGUGAGACCUCUGUGGCUUUGGUUUUUUUCAGCCAAGCCCUGAGGAAGAGAUAACACAAAAAUUUCUAUAUUCCAAAGAGUUUUCCAAGUCCCCUACUCACAAACUCUGAUGGGGAUACAGAUCUUAUCAGGGUGGUUUGGAGUCCUUAUCUAGCCCAUUAGUGGCCCUCCAGGGGAUGGUCAGGGCAGGUCAGGGCAUAUAUAGUCAACUCUUCCCAGCCACCGCAUGCUCAGAACUCACUCUUUCCUGAGCACUUGGACCCAGGAAGGAAGCAUGAAGUGGCUGGGGGUCCUCUGGCUGGUGGCCCUCUCAGAGUGCUUAGUCACAAUUCCUCUGGCAAAGGUCAAGUCCAUACGAGAAAACCUCAGGGAGAAAGGCAUGCUGAAAAGUUACCUGGAAAAGCAUCCUUACAGACAGUCCUACAAGUUUCUUAAUGAAGAUCCGAACCCAAAAGUAACCUUUGAACCCAUGAGGAACUACCUGGACAUGGCCUACAUUGGCACCAUCAGCAUUGGAACGCCCCCUCAGGAGUUCAAGGUCGUCUUUGACACGGGCUCCACCGACUUGUGGGUGCCCUCCAUCUACUGCUACACCCCGGCCUGUGCUGAACACAAUCUCUUCAACACUACGCAGUCCUCCACCUUCGUGAACUCCGGCCGACCCAUCAACCUCGUCUACGGCUCCGGUCAGAUGUCAGGAAUUCUUGGCUAUGACACUGUUCAGAUCGGGAACCUUGUUGACGUGGCUCAGGCAUUCGGUCUGAGCCUGAAUAAGCCUGGCACGUUCACGCAACAUGGAAUCUUUGAUGGUAUCCUGGGCCUGGGCUUCCCCAGCCUUGGCCUCAAAGGCGUCACCCCUGUCUUCGACAACCUGUGGAAACAAAGCCUCAUCGCUCAGAACAUCUUCGCCUUCUACUUGAACAACAAGAACGAGGGCAGUAUGGUGAUGUUUGGUGGGGUGGACAACUCCUACUUCUCAGGGAACCUCAGCUGGGUGCCAGUGUCCAAACCCUCCUACUGGCAGAUAUCCAUGGACAGCAUCUCCAUCAACGGAAAGGUUGUUGCUUGUGAUGGUGGCUGCCAGGCCAUUGUGGAUACUGGGACCUCAUUGCUGAUUGGCCAAAUCGACCCUGUCAACAACAUCCAGAACAUCAUCAAUGCUAAGAGAUCCCUCAAUAAUGAGUUCAUCAUUGACUGCAACACCAUCAACACCCUGCCUGACAUCGUCUUCACCAUCGGCGGCAUUGCCUACCCAGUGCCAGCCAGGUCCUACGUCCUGGAGGACAGUAAGGACAUCUGCUACAGCACCUUUUCAGAAAGCGUGUUCGAAACGGGCACAGAGCUCUGGAUCCUGGGUGACGUCUUCCUGAGGUUGUACUUCACUGUGUACGAUCGGGCAAACAACAGGAUUGGCCUGGCUCCUGCAGCCUGAACACGGGGCUGCUGCAGGAAGCAACCAGACCCACCCCAAAUACACACACAUACACCCUCGGAGCACCCCCGCCCCGGGGCACUGACUGGAGCUGUUUGGUGCUCUGCAAAGCUCAUUCUCAGCAGAGAAUAAAGGAUCUCAUUUUUAACGGUGCUAAUAUGAAUGGAUGCCCAUCCCUGCGUCGGGAAGGUACAUCAGAACCAGGCAGGACUCUAGAAUCUAGUCCGGACAAUGAGAGAGAGGAGCCUAGCUCCAAGAGGCUUAAACAAAAAGGGAG